UCUCUUUCAGCGACUCAUUGAGACAGAGUUUGGUGUGGAGUGUAGUUUGAAAAAGUCUUUUUUACUAUAAAUCUUCUCUGCAGUAGUGCCUUAAUACCCUUUGGAGAGGAGUUUGUGAGAAAGUGGCCACAGAAGGACACCUUUUGGUACCACGAGCAUCUUUUGACCCACCCUGAUCUUCUUGUGCGUGGAGUGAUGAUAAACUUUUUCACGGUGUGAAAAGAGAAAUCUUUUAUUUUUAUUGAACGGAAGCCCCACAGAAAAGUCACCCCGAAGCGGAAGGAAUAACAUGUCAACUAUUGAAGAACGAACUGCCUAUUUGGACAAUCCGUUCUUCACAAAGCACCUCUACGGGAAUUUCUCACCUUUCUACGUGACCAUUGGGAUUUGUACCCUUCUCGGGGUUUUCCUUUUUGUCUUGAACAUCAUCUUUGGGUGCUGUUCACGUCAUCGCGACUACUGGCAGGAUCGCCAUACGGGCAAUCGGUGGCUCAUCUCAAUUUGGUCCGCUACACCCCACAAGCAACCCCCGUUGGACCUCACUGAGCUCAAAGACGUCGAAGCUUACUUCCCAAAUAGGAUCACUGGUGAGGAACCCGAAUACAUCGCCACCCACCACCGUCCGCAGUACGAGCAACGUCCACUGCAUCCCAGCCAUCGUCAGGAGGAAUACGUAGAGCUACAUAAGCGCGAGAGUGAUAUUUAAGAAGCCACAGACAAUGGUCUUCAUCGCACUCUUCCCGGGCGUUGCCCUCCUCGCCAUGUUCAUCGUUCUCAUUAUCAUGGUGAUUCUCCGGCAUGGGGAGCGCCUCUGCCAGCUUCGUCAUCACGCCCUACCGGAUGACCGGGAAAUGGGGGAGAUGGCUUAUGAGCAGCGCAUCAGUAUGGCCUAAAAGGAGCCUCCCCCCCAUCACCCAUGAAUCUCAAAUCGGUAAUCCGUCCAAUAAACAUCUUGAGCCUGAUUUUUUACUGAAUACAACUCCAUUUUUUUACAUCAUGUGUACGACGUAACAAUCCUUUUUGUAUGUCAUCAACUCUCAGUGUUCACAAGAAAAUGUAGAUUUUUUUUAAUGUAAGAAACUCCGAGCACUUUUGCUGGACUUUUUGCCCAGGAUUCCAAUGGAAUUUUGAAUAAAAAUAAAUUUCUACUUACAUUUUC